AUGGCAAUCGGUUCAUGGACUAUACGAAGCUGCACCUACCUCACAGUGAAGGUGAAUGUUCAAGUGGUGUCUCAAAUCAAAACAACAUCAGCGGUUCGUAAGAAUGCCCAGUUGCCUCUACCUCGACUUUCUCAACAUUUUCCUCUUUGGCCAGGUCAAGGACAAAGAAACUUCCAGUUGACAGAUCAUUCGAGAGCUGGAAUGGAAGAACUGAUUACUUUUGAUAGUGAGCAUGCAGAACAUUAUCUCAGUUUCCUGCAACUGCAGAAGGAUCCAGUGCUGCUUAGGCAUGGAGAGUUUGAGACAGCGAUGAAUGAUGUGAAAUUAUGGUAUCACGGUAAGGCUGUAGAUGCUGAUCAGUCAGGUGGCAUAUCUGCUCAAGAGUUGAGACAGGCCCUGGUGAAUGGAAAUUGGAGUCACUUUAAUCCAGAAACUUGUCGCUUGAUGAUUGGGAUGUUUGAUAAAGACAAGUCAGGAACUAUUGAUAUCUAUGAGUUUUCAGCUCUAUGGAAAUAUAUACAAGAGUGGAAACAGUGCUUUGACAGCUUUGAUCGAGAUCGGUCAGGAACUAUUGAUGCAGGAGAGCUUAACCAAGCCUUCUCCACAUUUGGCUAUCGUCUGUCAAUGGAGUUUUCUCAAUUGUGUGUUCGCCUAUUUGACCGAUCCCAUGCACACACCAUGAAAUUGGAUGACUUCAUUCAGUGCUGUGUUAUGCUCAAGUCUAUGACCGAUGCGUUUCGAGGUCGUGACAUUCAACAGCAAGGAGUCAUCACAAUAAGUUAUGAGCAGUUCAUGGAAAUGGCAUUAGACAACACUCUGUCAUAGCAGCUGUGACUGCAACUACUUGUGAUGAUGUGUGCAGAAGGGUCGAUCUAUUCGUGGCAUGAAACGAUUGAAUUCAUUCUUGUGAAUAUGUAUGCUGCUUUAUGAGUUUGCAUGCUAGCUUCCUUAUAUGCACUUUCUAGUGUAGUCUUGUCAUAAUAGAAUCUGUGCUGCAUUUCA